UAGCUCCAGCACGUCAAAUAAACUUCUUUAUCACUGAAACAUAACACAACAAGUCUAUCUAAUUUUUCUAAAAGAUGGAAAUAAAAGAAGAAAUCGAGGAACCACUCAUAAGUUCAGUUAUUGUUAAGGAAGAAUAUUGUGUUCAAGAGGAUACUGAAUUCGAACCUACUCUGGGAGAUGAGGAAGUUUCGCAGGAUUUAGUACAGAUAGAACAAUUCCAAAUUAAAGUAAUUGAAAAACAUAGUAAAAAAUCGGGUAAAGAGCAUAAAUGUCUCUAUUGCGAUGGUGUUUAUGCUACUCCUUCGAGGCUAAAGGCUCACAUGAAUAAUCACAUUGAAGAAAGAGCCUUUCACUGCAAUCAGUGUACCAAGUCUUUUGCCACCAAAAGCAACCUCGAAAAGCAUCUGAUGACACAUUUAGAAGGAGUGACCUAUCCUUGUACGAUCUGCAAGAAAAAUUUCAAGAACUAUGACUAUCUCAGACGGCACAUCCGGAGGCACUACGCUGAUAGACGCCAUGAAUGUUCCUUAUGCGACAAAGUCUUCCGAGAGAAAACCUACUUGAAUCGUCAUGUGCAGAUAGUUCAUGAAGGGAAGAAACGCUACGAAGUGGUAAAAACAGAUAGAAAGCCAAUGAUAUGCCCAACUUGUGGAAAAAUCUUCUGCGAAAAAAUCCCUUAUGAACGCCAUGUAACAGUUCACAGUGAAGUUAGGACUGAGAAAUGUUCAAAGUGUCCCAAAAGAUUCAAACACUACACUGAUCUCAAUAGACACCUUGCCAUCCAUCGAGAAGACAAGCCAUUUACCUGCGACAUUUGCAGCAUGUCCUUUACACGAAAAGAAUAUCUCAGAUCACACAAUUUGACUCACAUGGAAAAGUCCUUUCAGUGCCACUACUGUUCGCAGGUCUUUGGCAGGAAGGAUUACGUCAAAAGUCACAUUAGAAGGCGUCAUCCUGGCCUUCCUAUUAGGAAAGAGGACGCUACUACAUGCGCAAAAGAAGGAUCUGAAAGUCCAGUUGUAAUAAAAGUUGAAUAAAUGUUUUAAGUUUGAACUUCCAAAUAUGAAGGCCAUAGUUAGAAAUAAAGAAAAUUAAAAAAAGAUCCAUC